UUCUCAUCGCUUCUUAUGGGAAAACAAGUGCACUCAAUGAUCACAAAGCGUGGAAUGGCUUUUGACUUAGUCUUGUCCACGUCUCUCAUAGAUAUGUAUGCCAAGGCAGGUGAUAUUACCUCUGCUUCAUGUGUCUUUAACUUGAUGCCAAUGAAGAAUCCGGCUUCGUGGAAUUCAAUGAUAGGAGAUGAAUUCAAGAAGCUGAUCGAGCGCGGUUACAAGCCUGAUCAGGUGACUUUCACUAACUUGUUAUCGGCUUGUGCUCAUGCUGGGCUAGUGGAAGAAGGGGAAAAGCAAUUCAUGUUGAUGAGUAGGCUUGGGAUAGCUGCAGAAAAGGAACAUUAUGCUUGUAUGGUGGAUCUAUUAGCAAGGGCUGGUCAAUUAGAUAAAGCAGAGAGAUUGAUAAAUGGAAUGACUGUUGAGCUCGGGGCUUGCAGAUUGCAUUCAUGUCUGGAGCUCGGUGAAGCUAGUUACUGCUGAAGGAAUCUCGAGGCUCAGAAGAGAGCAUCCUGCAGCUUAUGAUGUACUGUGUAGAGUUCGUCUGGCGAGAAAGGAGAUUGGACUAGUGUUAUGGAGUUAAGGAGACUGAUGAGGAAGACAAAAGUGGAGAAGCAAGACGCUAGUAGCUGGACUAGCUCUCCCACUUAAUAUUACCAGAAACGUUACAUUUUUUGUGUGUUUUUUACUAUAGAGUUGCGAAACAGAGCAGUUGUGAUCUAUGUCAAUCACCUAUUGAGACGAAUCUCAAAGGUAAGAGAAGUUUUAAAAGAACACACUUUGGGUAAUGCAAGAUUCUUUCAUUGAGAAUAAACAAAGCAAAGUAUC